AUGGUGCACUUAGGGUCGAUAUUCCUGUUGACUGGUGUGGUGUCCUACACCCUUCCUGCCUCGCCUCUCACUGUCUGGCCUCGUGUGACUGCCACUUUCUGGCCGCCACUUGCUGGUGGUGCUCCGCGGGCCCAAACGUUGUCACCCAUCAUCUCCCGGGUACCUAGUUACUGCGGGGUGAACAGAGGCAUCAGGUGUGAGGCCCCGCCCAGGCCAAUAACUCUCCCCCCAGGAUUCAGAUCCCAACAGGUAUGGAAUUUAGCUGACAUAGAGGAGGAUAGCCACUGGCUGUGGGAGGAGUGGGUAGAGGAGGAUAGCCACUGGCUGUGGGAGGAGUGGGUAGAGGAGGAUAGCCACUGGCUGUGGGAGGAGUGGGUAGAGGAGGAUAGCCACUGGCUGUGGGAGGAGUGGGUAGAGGAGGAUAGCCACUGGCUGUGGGAGGAGUGGGUAGAGGAGGAUAGCCACUGGCUGUGGGAGGAGUGGGUAGAGGAGGAUAGCCACUGGCUGUGGGGGGAGUGGGUAGAGGAGGAUAGCCACUGGCUGUGGGGGGAGUGUGUAGAGGAGGAUAGCCACUGGCUGUGGGAGGAGUGGGUAGAGGAGGAUAGCCACUGGCUGUGGGGGGAGUGGGUAGAGGAGGAUAGCCACUGGCUGUGGGGGGAGUGUGUAGAGGAGGAUAGCCACUGGCUGUGGGAGGAGUGGGUAGAGGAGGAUAGCCACUGGCUGUGGGAGGAGUGUGUAGAGGAGGAUAGCCACUGGCUGUGGGGGGAGUGGGUAGAGGAGGAUAGCCACUGGCUGUGGGGGGAGUGUGUAGAGGAGGAUAGCCACUGGCUGUGGGAGGAGUGGGUAGAGGAGGAUAGCCACUGGCUGUGGGAGGAGUGUGUAGAGGAGGAUAGCCACUGGCUGUGGGAGGAGUGGGUAGAGGAGGAUAGCCAAUGGCUGUGGGAGGAGUGGGAAGAGGAGGAUAGCCACUGGCUGUGGGAGGAGUGUGUAGAGGAGGAUAGCCACUGGCUGUGGGAGGAGUGGGUAGAGGAGGAUAGCCACUGGCUGUGGGAGGAGUGGGAAGAGGAGGAUAGCCACUGGCUGUGGGAGGAGUGUGUAGAGGAGGAUAGCCACUGGCUGUGGGAGGAGUGGGUAGAGGAGGAUAGCCACUGGCUGUGGGAGGAGUGUGUAGAGGAGGAUAGCCACUGGCUGUGGGAGGAGUGUGUAGAGGAGGAUAGCCACUGGCUGUGGGAGGAGUGUGUAGAGGAGGAUAGCCACUGGCUGUGGGAGGAGUGGGUAGAGGAGGAUAGCCACUGGCUGUGGGAGGAGUGUGUAGAGGAGGAUAGCCACUGGCUGUGGGAGGAGUGGGUAGAGGAGGAUAGCCACUGGCUGUGGGAGGAGUGGGAAGAGGAGGAUAGCCACUGGCUGUGGGAGGAGUGUGUAGAGGAGGAUAGCCACUGGCUGUGGGAGGAGUGUGUAGAGGAGGAUAGCCACUGGCUGUGGGAGGAGUGGGUAGAGGAGGAUAGCCACUGGCUGUGGGAGGAGUGGGUAGAGGAGGAUAGCCACUGGCUGUGGGAGGAGUGGGUAGAGGAGGAUAGCCACUGGCUGUGGGAGGAGUGGGAAGAGGAGGAUAGCCACUGGCUGUGGGAGGAGUGUGUAGAGGAGGAUAGCCACUGGCUGUGGGAGGAGUGUGUAGAGGAGGAUAGCCACUGGCUGUGGGAGGAGUGGGUAGAGGAGGAUAGCCACUGGCUGUGGGAGGAGUGGGUAGAGGAGGAUAGCCACUGGCUGUGGGAGGAGUGGGUAGAGGAGGAUAGCCACUGGCUGUGGGAGGAGUGGGAAGAGGAGGAUAGCCACUGGCUGUGGGGUGAAUGGGCAGAGGAUAGCCACUGGCAGAGAAGGAUAGCCACUGGCUGUGGGUGGGGGGAGUGGGUAGAGAUGGUGAUGGAGGGAGAGUUUAUCAGAGAGUAA